UUGUCUCAUCUCUGACCUAUUUGAAUAAAGCCAAAGCUCUGGGUAACAUUUUCAGAGAAAAAGACACACAAGAGGCUCCUGGGCCUUCUGAACACAGGGAGUCCACAUGAUGGUGGUACAAGGGCAACCUCAAGGUAGAGAAAGGCCAGUAUGGUGGUCCCCCGUGAAGAUCUGGUCUGUUGCUGUGGUUUCCACAGCAUUCCUCAGUGCUUGUUUCAUCGUGAGUUGUGUGGCGACUUAUCAUAUUACAUAUACAAACACUGACAGAAGGCUGUCUGAAUUACAUACAUAUCAUCCAAGUCUAACCUGCUUCAAUGAAGGGACAAGGGUGACAGGCUUUUCUUGUCCCAUUGAGAGUUUUUUGUUUUUGUUUUUUGUCAAUUGUGGAGCUGGCACUUCUGGGGAGAAAAACAUAAUUGCAUCAAUAUUAUUUUCCUCUCAACAACUUGAGGCACUCCUGUAUCAACAAUUGGAGUUUUAAAGACUACCUCCUGGAAGCAGCAAUGGGUACUUUAGCCUUUGCUUUCGGAAUGCUCAGAAAUGAAUGAGACAAAGAUGGGUGUUAAUUAAAUUAACCGCACAUCCAUCUGGCAUAAGAAACUGCAAAUUUACUCCCUGUUAUAGCCUUUCAAGCUGUUUCAUACAAAUAAGUCAAGUUACAGAUAAGCUUAUAUGAUAAAAUUAUCUUAUAUGCUACCAUGUCAGCAAAUAAAAAUGCUCAGAUUUUAAGAACAUCCUUUCACAUUAUUAUCACAAUAAAAAGUUAAAAUUCCAAACAAAAAUUUUCCAUAUUCAUUAAAGGUAAAAAAUAAUCGAGAUCCACAUGUAUCUUUUCCUAUUUGUUUUCCACUCAGCCCCAGUCUGAGUGCUGGGACAUGUAGAAGCAUGCCUGUCAAAACCCCAGAAAUAUAUUGAAAAACUAUGUAUCCCCUUAUUUAAUCUGAUAUCUAAUUUUUUUUAUCAUGUAUUAAAAGCAAAAGCUAUGAUUUCUGGAACUUUGUAAAUAUCAACAUUUAAAAAUAAAACUGUUAAACCUGUUUUUAAAAUGUAUCUUUGGUGUCUAGAUACCAUUACAAAUUGCUACCCCCACUCCCAUCAUGAAUAUUAGAAAAGAAGAAAUGCAUGUAUUAUUUGACAGUCCUGGGUAUUACAUCAUUCUUCCCCCCCCCCCUUAGACUAACAUUUACACAGCACUUCCCUGUCUGCCAAGAUAUGUAAAUAAGAACAUGUCUAAUAGUUUUAUUUUCUAUGGAACA